GUUAUUCAUGUUGUUUAUUUGCUCAUUUUUAACAUCCAAACCUCUGUGAGAAAUAUCAAGGAAUCACAUUGUCACUGCAAUUGCACAAUAAGGCACACUGGUCCAAUCUGAUCUCCUAUCAUGCCAUUAUUUCUUACUCAGCCUUGGCUACAUAGAACCACAUGCCCUCGUGAAUUUAAUCUUUUCUCCCGCUCGCAGAAUGACCGAACGUGUAGGGUGCCAUUUGGACACUGGAAAAUGUCCUUGCAGAGGAGAGUGAUGGCAGCAUUCCUGAAGCUUGACAAUUGGCCUCCCUGUGAGUCAGUGGAGAGAUAGUUAUUGUGUUUUCAUUGUUCAAUAAGACUUUGCAUGAUUUUCUUCCACCUCUUCGCUUACUGAGCCCAAAGCUCCCAAAACGCCAAAAUCUUCAUCAUGGCCGUGGAAAGUGGGCUGGCUCGAGGUCACCGGCUGCCUGGGGAAGACUGGAAUUAGAAAGCUUCCAGUCGCAAGCCAUGGAAACCCACUGCGCCGAACGCCUCCAAUCUCCUUGAUAAGUUUGGCAACAGAUUAACAAUGUUGUAAACGCAGCGUGGUGCAGGAUGUUGGGGGUAUAAACAAGGUCUUUCAGAGUCUCACAAUGCUGCGGCUGAUGCUCUCUGUGUCGUAUUGGUGCAUUCUUUGGAAAGGCUGGCUCACAAACACUUUAGACCGAAACGUCCUGGAAAUAAAUAAACAAAUCGGCUCUUCAUGCAGCAUCUGCUCAGAUGGAUCGCAUUCAGUCGGGGCCUGAAAGAGACGGCCAGGCUAAUGAGGGCUAACUGUUCACAGACAAAUAAUUAGAGCGGUUGACCCAACCACGAGAAAGAAAAAAGUACAAUUAUGGGGAACAAUUGGAAAUUUCUGGACUAACCAAUUUAAUGUAAACCUUUUUAAAUAUGCAAAUCAUUCAGAAUAUGCAAAUUGUCUCAUUCAGUUUAUUUGUGCCCGAUGAAAAAGACCCACCUAUGUGAACAAAAUCAUUCCUUCAUCUUGAAUGGAAAGGCAAUGUGGUGAUCAGGCGAAUCAGAUGACUGUGAAAGUCGUACCCAUGUCCAUUACUGUUCCAUUGUUUCCAUGGAUUCAGCCUGUAGGCAAUGAAGGCUAUUGCAGAGCUAUUGGUGCAGCAUUGCCAAUGACCAACUGCUGAAGCCUGGAGCUUACAUUGGAGUUAAUUGACUGUUGAUUGUUGAAUGAAUGCCUCCCAGAAUGUCAGGCCAAAGGAGUUGAGAGAAGGAAGAAAAACGCAUUAAGGCUGCCUUAAAGAGUAACUUUGUGAAGGAGCUCAUUGGCUACAGGCAUACAUAUUCCCCUGAUAACGCAGCAAGAGGCGACUGAGCGAAAAUCAACCGGGAACAACUAUCCAAAGACAGCACAAGUUGCCAAUAAGCGUUUGAUGUUCCAGCAACGUGAAGGCGGCGAGCGGGAGGACGCGCAGCGCGCACCACACCAGAGAAUAAAAACCAAAACAGCGACUGUCACCCAUCAGGAGAGGAGGGGAAAAUAACCAAACACCCCAGCCAGCUUUCAGGUCCCAUUGAUAUAACGCGCUCAUGCACUUCCCUCAAAAACAAAGUCAUGACAAUAAUAGUAGUUAAAGUCCAUGAAAUAUCCCUGCUUGGAGAACGCUGCAAAGCGCUGCGUUGUCAGAGCACAACUGAGAGGGUCCAGUUCAGGGGGGAAACCCUUUUGACUCGAAUUAAGGGGAGGCUGUAUGAAAAAAGAAAAAAAAAAGAAAAGCAGCAGGAGGAGGAGGAGGAGGAGAAGGAGGAGGAGGGAAGGGAAGAAAGUGGUGGUGCCAGACGCAGCGGCAGUAAGAAGCGUACGUACGUGCUUUAUCUUAGCGGCUGAGUGUGACGUGAUAUUGCAGCCUGCUCCUGGAGCUCUGCAAGCACCAAGCAAAGCGCGUCUAUUUCUCUCUGUGUUGUAACUCACUAGCCCCCCAACAUCUCACAUCCACCCACUACGGAUCUCUUUCUUUUCCUCUCUUCCCCCCUUUUUUUUCCCCCAGAAGGGGGGCGCGCGACUUACCGGAGAAACCGUAUCAGUUGGAAAUAGAGACGUGGAGUCGGCCGAAUUAAUUUAUGGUAAUACUGUAAGAAUCGCUCUUUUCUUCUCAUCACUCCAAGAAUUUCUUCCCCUCUCUCGGUCUUUCUCUCCCUCCUCUCUCUCUCUCUCCUCUCUCUUUCUCGGUGGCUGUCGUGUGUUGUUGCGCUCCGUUUUGAUGGGAAAAACCCAGAAGAGGAAGAAGGAGACGGGGGGAUAUGAGCGGGCAGACCGGAGUGUAACGCAUUUUAUUUUCAUCCAUUGAACCAUCUUGUUGCGCCGGACUUCUAUUGUCGGGAAUGGGGAGUAUCGAUUCACUGGAGGGCUGCAGAAUUUAUUUAUAAAGGAUGUGGUCAAGUAUGCUGGAAAAAUAGCCAUAGCUUCCGCAGUGUAAGGCCAAAUGACAUAGGAUGAAGGCUGUUCGAAACCUGUUGAUUUAUAUAUUUUCCACCUAUCUUCUGGUUAUGUUUGGAUUAACUGGUGCCCAAGAUUACUGGUGUUCCACUCUGGUCAAGGGGGUCAUUUAUGGAUCAUAUUCGGUGACUGAGAUGUUUCCCAAGAACUAUACAAACUGUACAUGGACGCUGGAGAACCCAGACCCUACCAAAUACAGCAUCUACCUGAAGCUAUACAAGCGAGACUUGAGCUGCUCUGAAUAUUCUUUGCUUGCUUAUCAGUUCGAUCACUACUCACACGAAAAGAUCAACGAGUUGCUGAAAGUCAACGAGUCUAUAGUGUACCUGUGCGACUCGAAGAAUAUUUACAUAUUUUUGCUGUAUGACAAGAAUUUCGUUCAGCUACGGAGAGUUUUCCCUUACGAUUACAAUGGAUUGACGCCACAGAAGCUGGAUGAGGAGGAGAAGUCUAUUGUGGAGUUUUUGGUGUUGAACAAGGCGAGCCCCAGCCAGUUCGGGUGCCAGGUGCUUUGUACGUGGCUGGAAAACUGCCUGAAAUUAGAGAAAGGGACGGUGGAGACGUGUGGGAUCGUGUACACGAAAUGCACAUGUCCUCAGCAUUUAGGCGAUGGAGAAUCAGAGAGCAUGCUCAUGCUCAACAAUGUGGUCUUACCUUUAAAUCCACAAACGGAGGGUUGCUUGUCACCCCAACUACAAGCUGGGCAGGUCUGCAAUCUGAGCGCGGAAGUGAAACGGCCUCCUAAAGAAGAAUAUGGAAUGAUCGGAGAGCAUACAGUAAAAAGUCAGCGGCCAAGAUCAGUUCAUGACACAAAGGCCCUGCAGGAGCAAGCUGAAUCUGCUAAAUUUAUGGCACAAACUGGUGAAUCAGGUGCAGAGGAGUGGUCCCAGUGGAGCUCAUGCUCCGUAACAUGCGGUCAAGGGUCGCAGGUGCGAACAAGAACAUGUGUCUCACCAUACGGAACACACUGCAGCGGCCCUUUAAGAGAAUCAAGGGUUUGCAAUAACACUGCCCCUUGUCCAGUACAUGGUGUAUGGGAGGAGUGGUCACCGUGGAGCCUGUGCUCAUUCACAUGUGGCCGAGGUCACCGCACUAGGACUAGGAUGUGUGCUCCUCCCCUGCAUGGAGGGAGGGCUUGUGAUGGACCUGAGACCCAGACUAAGCUUUGCAACAUAGCCCUGUGCCCAGUGGACGGACAGUGGCAGGAGUGGAGCUCUUGGAGCGAUUGCUCGGUGACCUGUGCCAAUGGCACUCAGCAGAGGACCAGGCAGUGCUCAGCAGCCGCCCAUGGGGGAUCUGAGUGUCGCGGUCACUGGGCAGAAAGCAGAGAGUGCCAUAAUCCUGACUGCACAGCUAAUGGCCAGUGGAAUCCUUGGGGCCCCUGGAGUGGCUGCUCUAAAUCCUGCGACGGCGGAUGGCAGAGGCGAGCCCGGGUGUGUCAGGGGGCAGCUGUGACCGGGCAACAGUGCGAGGGAAACGGAGAAGAGGUUCGAAAGUGCAGCGACCAACGCUGUCCAGCGCCCUAUGAGAUUUGUCCCGAGGACUAUGCCGUGUCAAUGGUGUGGAGACGGACCCCUUCAGGAGAGCUGGCCUUUAACAGAUGCCCACCCAACGCCACGGGCACCACUAGUCGACGCUGCUCUUUGGAUCACCGCGGUAUGGCCUUCUGGGAGCAACCCAGCUAUGCUCGAUGCAUAACAAAUGAAUUCAGAUACUUGCAGCAAUCAGAGGUUCAGGGGCACCUCGCAAAGGGCCAGAGGAUGCUGGCGGGGGAUGGGAUGUCCCAGGUCACGAAGAACCUGCUGGAUCUCACCCAGAGGAGGAACUUCUACGCCGGAGAUCUGCUGUCCUCGGUGGAGAUCCUCCGCAACGUCACGGAGACCUUCAAGAGGGCCAGCUACGAGCCGUCGUCGGACGAUGUGCAAAACUUCUUUCAAAUCAUCAGCAACCUCUUGGAGGAGGAAAAUAAGGAGAAAUGGGAAGACGCUCAAAAGAUCUACCCAGGAGCAGUGGAGCUCAUGCAGGUCAUAGAAGAGUUCAUCCACAUCGUCGGACUGGGCAUGAAGGAUUUCCACAACGCCUAUCUGAUGACUGGGAACCUGGUGGCCAGCAUCCAGAGACUUCCAGCUGCGUCCGUGAUGACUGACAUCAACUUCCCCAUGAAGGGUCGUAAAGGCAUGGUGGACUGGGCCAGGAACUCUGAAGAUAAAGUGGUCAUCCCAAAGGGCCUCUUUGUUUCCCAGUCAGCAGAUAUGGAUAUCUUCAUUCUCGGAACCGUCCUCUACAAGACUCUAGGACUCAUGCUACCUUCACCAAAGAACCACACAGUUGUGAACUCCAAGGUCAUUGCUGUGACUGUGAGGCCCGAGCCCAAGGCAACUACAGAGUCCCACCUGGAGAUUGAACUGGCUCACCUGGCGAACGGAACAAUGAACCCCUACUGUGCACUGUGGGACAGCAGCAUAAUGAACGAUUCUUGGGGAGCCUGGUCCACAAAAGGAUGUAAAACGGUGCUCACAGAUGCAUCCCAUACAAAAUGCUUAUGUGAUCGUGUAUCUACCUUCGCCAUUUUGGCUCAGCAACCAAGAGAAAUAACCAUGGAGUACUCAGGGGUCCCAUCUGUGACACUGAUAGUUGGCUGUGGUCUGUCCUGCCUCGCCUUGAUCACGUUGGCAGUGAUCUACGCUGUGCUGUGGAGAUACAUCCGCUCGGAGCGAUCCAUCAUCCUGCUCAACUUCUGCUUAUCUAUAAUCUGCUCGAACAUAUUGAUCCUCGUCGGACAAACGCAGACCCACAAUGUCGGCGUCUGCAUCAUGACGACAGCCUUUCUGCACUUCUUCUUCCUGGCAUCCUUCUGCUGGGUCCUCACGGAGGCCUGGCAGAGCUACAUGGCUGUGACGGGCAAGGUUCGGACCAGGCUCAUCCGCAAGCGCUUUCUGUGCCUGGGCUGGGGAUUACCAGCUUUAGUUGUUGCAGUUUCAAUGGGAUUCACCAAAACAAAAGGCUACGGGACGCCCUUAUACUGUUGGCUCUCUUUGGAGGGUGGGCUCCUGUAUGCCUUUGUUGGACCCGCAGCUGCUGUUGUUCUGGUCAACAUGGUGAUCGGCAUCUUAGUCUUUAACAAACUCGUGUCCAGAGACGGCAUUCUGGACAAGAAGCUGAAGCAUCGAGCAGGGUAUGACAGCACAUCCUUACAGAUGAGUGAGCCGCAUACAGGACUGACUCUCAAGUGUGCCAAAUGUGGUGUUGUAUCAACAACUGCUUUAUCAGCAACUACAGCUAGCAAUGCAAUGGCGUCCCUGUGGAGCUCCUGUGUCGUCCUACCUCUGCUGGCUCUGACCUGGAUGUCUGCUGUGCUCGCCAUGACAGACAAGCGCUCCAUCCUGUUUCAGAUCCUCUUCGCAGUCUUUGACUCGCUGCAGGGCUUCGUCAUCGUGAUGGUGCACUGCAUCCUACGGAGAGAGGUCCAGGACGCUUUCAGAUGUCGGCUCAGAAACUGCCAAGAUCCAAUCAGCGGCGACGCCACAGGAACCUUCCCUAAUGGGCAUGCUCAGAUAAUGACGGAUUUCGAGAAAGACGUGGACAUCGCCUGCCGAUCAGCACUCCACAAAGACAUGGGCUCUUGUCGCGCCGCCACCAUAACUGGCACCCUCUCCCGCAUUUCCCUCAAUGAUGAGGAGGAUGAGAAGGCCCCCGAGGGCCUCAACUACUCCACGUUGCCUGGCAACAUCAUCUCCAAAGUGAUUAUCCAGCAGCCCUCGGCCCUGCACAUGCCGAUGGGAGUGAGCGAGCUGAAAGAGCAGUGCAUGGCCGACAGCAACGCCGAGAUGCGCCGCACCGUCUACCUGUGCACCGACGACGCCAUGCGCCAGAGCGACCAGGACAUGGGCGGCCACGACAUGGAGGGCCACUCGGCGCAGGGCCAGAUGAUGGAGACGGACUACAUAGUCAUGCCUCGCGCCUCGGCGGCGGCGGUGUCGGGGUCGGGGAACAUGCCCACCCUCCUGAAAGACGACACCAAGAUGAACAUCACUAUGGAUACGCUGCCACACGAGAGGCUAAUGCAUUACAAGAUGAGCCCCGACUUCAACAUCAGCCCGUCAGGCUUGGACCACAUGAAUGUGAACCUGGAGCAGCAGUAUCCUAGCGCUCCGGAGCAGAUGCAAAACCUGCCCUUUGAACCCCGCACGGCCGUUAAGAACUUCCUCGCCGAGAUGGAGGAGUCUGCGGGGCUUUCUAGGAGUGAGACAGGGUCCACAAUAUCUAUGAGCUCUCUCGAGAGAAGAAAGUCGCGGUAUUCUGAUCUGGACUUUGAGAAAGUCAUGCACACCAGGAAAAGACACAUGGAGCUGUUCCAGGAACUGAAUCAGAAAUUUCAAACCCUGGACCGAUUUCGAGACAUACCAAAUAUGGGCAGCAUGGACAAGGCAAUGCCAAACAAGAACCCAUGGGAGAGCUACAAUCCAGCCUGUGAGUACCAGAACUACGCCACUAUGAAUGUACUAGAAUCUGACACCAAGGACUCACUGGAGAUGACGCCCGCAGAGUGGGAAAAGUGUGUCAACUUACCCUUAGAUGUCCAGGAGGGAGACUUCCAAACAGAAGUCUAGAGGGCGAAGAAGGAGGAAAAUGCAAACUAGAAAAAAAGGAGGAGAAAGGGAUGUAUUUUGCACUGAAUAAAGCAACAGACUUUUCUAACAGCCUUGGCAUACAUAUCUGGAUAAUACGAGUGUGGCAGGGACAUUAUGUGCCAAUACAAUAUAAGGACUGGUGAGAGAGAAAAACAAGAAGAAAAAAAAAAGGGAUAAAAACAUCAGUGUUACUUUUUGUAUUCUCACUAGUGUACUUAGUGUGGGGCAGCCUGGUGUACAAUAUUUACCAUCAUGUGUUUCAAAUUAUCUGUUGAGGAAUUGGCGGGAAAAAAAAAGAAAAGAAAAAAAAAGAUAAUCUGUCUAGAUGAAACCUCACAAAGCAAGUGACAUGCCAUGUCGUCCCAGCUUCAUCGGGUCUAGUUUUGAUUUCAUAAAAACUGGACCCGGGAGCACAAUGUAUAUAUUUAUGCAGGUUUUUAAAAAGUUUAUAACAGUCUGUUUGGCCAUUACUACACUUUUUACUUUAUAAUAUAAAACAUGGGAGGCAAAGAGGAUUUUUUCUGUCAUAUUAAAAUGAAUGUUUGUCAAGCUACAUUCUUCAUUGCUUUAAAUGCAAUAAAGAUAAUACUCACUUUUAUAUAAAUAAUAUAUUUCACAACUUUAAUACUGCAGAAUCUGCUUGAAGGAUCCCAGCAAGCUCUCUCAUCUGCAGCUCUGUAUAAAAUAUUUAAAAACAAAAUGUUGUAUGGUGUAAAUAAACUUUUGUCUACAUAUGUUUUACUCGUGCCAAUUUAUUUUAAUGAGAAGAGAGAAAAAAAAAUAUAUAAAAAAAUAAAUAAGUAAAUUAAAAAAAAAAAAAAAAAA